AAUUGGGCCGUAUAAAGCUUCCACAUACCAAAGAGUUUAAUGCCGAAAAGUUCGUCCUGCCCUAACCGUGCCUUAUCAUCCUGGGUCCCUUUUGUCAGUUCUACUUCGGGCCCCUUGCUAACACCACCCACAUGUUUGGUAACUCCAGAUCAGUUAGCACAGACUAGACCCCAUGUACUUCCCCCAACACAGAUAAAUUACCAUGAUCUGAAGGAUGUGGGUCCUGGCUCAGCUGACUCAACUAUGCAGUUCACUGAAGAAUUUGAUUUUGAAGCCAUGAAUGAAAAGUUCAUAAUAGAUGAAGUUUGGGUUACUUCGAAGGAUGAUUUCUUUGAUACAAUUUCCUGUAAUUCACUCACCCGCAGAGCAAGGAAUGUACAGAAAGGGAGGAUUUCAGAGGCUCUUAUCACUGGGGCAGGGUAUAUGGCUAUGGUGGAAGGGCCGGGGCCGCCUAGGAAACAUCCAUUUUUAAAGCUAUAUGGAUCAUCAAUAAUUCAAUAUCCUAUGAAAUGCAAGGCAAGUGGCAACUAGUGUCCAUCAAAUUUCCAUCUUUAUCUCCACUUAUUCCUAUAUAUGGAACCUUUGAAAUUAUGUGGAUAUUAUUAUCUCAAGGUAAAUGAAUGGAUUGUUAGUCAUGGAUUUUUAUCAUAGAUGUUUUGUAGGAAUCAUUGGACUGAUUAACUAUGGCAGAUUCGUCAUUCAUGUUUGUAUUGCCCGUGAGCUGGCCUUUCACGUUUACUAUUCUGAAAGAAACAUUUUCAACUUCA